AUGUAUCCAACGUAUGCAAUAUUUCUCCUGUCUGGCUUCUGUCUCGCAGCCCAGACGAGAAGAUACAACUUCACCGUCACCAACCAAUGGUCUGCAGGUGAUGGCCAUGGAAGACCAGUGUUUGCCAUCAAUGGUCAGACCCCUGGUCCGUUGAUAGAGGCGGACGAGGGAGAUGAGAUUGAGGUUUUCCUGGAGAACCAGCUGGGAUUCGAGACGACGAUGCACUGGCAACCGUGGAACGAUGGGGUGCCGGGAGUUACUCAGUACUCGAUCCAACCAAGAGACAAUUACACGUACAGCUUCACGGUCCAGCAGCAAUACGGCAGCUACUUUUAUCAUGGUCACUUUGGCCCCGCGUUUGCCGACGGCAUGAGGGGUCCCAUCUGGAUCAGGCCGGCGGCGUGGAGGCCACGUCCGUACGAGCUCAUAUCGUCUUCACCGGACGACGUGGCCGCCAUGAAAAGGGCCGAAGCCAGUCCUCGGCACGUCGUCAUCAGCGAUUGGAAUGCCGAGCCCAUGGAUAUCUUGCUGAUCAUGUACCGCGACACGGGCAUCGUGCCCUGGUGCAGCAACUCGAUCGUGCUCAACAACAAGGGCAGGACGUUCUGCCACUCGGCCGAGGAGAUAGAAGCCGCUGGAGGUCCUGGCCGCAACUCCCUGGGCUGCCUGGUGCAGGACGGCCAGGCGCUGUACUCCAAUCCCCCCACCUGCGAGGAGACCUUUGCCGAGCUCGAGGUCUUUGAGGCCCAGCCCGGCGAGUCGUGGAUGUGGAUCAACUUUAUCCACUCCGGGGCGCACCACGAGCUGCAGAUAAGCAUCGACGAGCACGAGUUCUACGUCGUCGCAGCCGACGGCGAGUUUGUGCACCCCCAAAAGGUCCACGCCGCCAACUGCAACCUCGGCGAGCGCGUUUCCAUCCUGGUCCGCCUCGAUCAGGCGCCAGGCGAUUACGCCGUCAGGAUCACGUCGUUGCGCAGAGAACAGACGAUUCAGGGCAUCGGACUUCUCCGGUACGCGGUCCGAUCUGACGAAGCGGGGCCAGGCUCAGCGCGGAUCGGUAGUGUGCCUAAAACAAAACCAUGGGUCCAUCUGAAUGGCACCUUCAUCUCGUCUUCGUCCGUAGCAAUGGACGAGUCAAUCUUGGCCCCCUACCCCGCCCGUCCACCCCCUCCAAGGUCGGACCACACCCUUCGCUUCUUCAUCAACAUGACCGGCCCCGGGACCUGGGCGCUCAACGUGGGACCGCACCAGGCCUUUCGUCAGCAGCUGCCCCCUCUGCUGUGGGAGGCUGGCUCCCGUGGCGACACCACCUACGGUGGCGGCGGCGACCCUGGGGGUCUGCUGCCAAACGGAACCGUCGUCGACAUAAUCUUUGAGAAUGGUGCCGACGUCGCCAGCCAGCACCCUUUCCACAAGCACAACAACAAAGCCUGGAUCAUCGGCACCGGCACCGGUGGGUUCCCCUGGCGCAGCGUGGACGAGGCGCUCGAGAAGGGCGGCAUGGCGCAGCACUUCAAUCUCGUCGAUCCGCCCAUCCGCGACGGCUGCAGGCUUGGCAACAGCCCCGGGGACUGGACCGUGAUCCGAUACGAGAUUUCGUUUCCUGCCGCCAGCAUGCUGCAUUGCCACAUGAUUCACCACUUUGCUGCUGGCCAACAAGUCGUGUUGCUCGAAGGCGUCGACGCAAUGCCCAAGAUCCCUGAUCACGUCAAAAAGACGGUCCAUUCGGACUUUCAGCCGGUCCUUCGCUAUGGACCCCUGGACUAG